UAGUACUUACAGUAGUACCAAAAUGACAUGAUGUUUUUGCAGAAAACUCAGGGGACAAGGGAAGCAGAAGGCAACACUCAUAAUUUGCGUCCAAGGCCUGAAAGAGCAAGUUCUGAGAUUGAGAUUGCAAUUGCAAAUGAGGAAAUUGCUGACUGUGAAACAAUUGGAGACUUCUUAAGUGAUAACGAAGGUGAUGUUUGUAGCAUGUAUUGUAAAUGACCCCAUGUGAUCUUGUAGCUAAUUCCUCAUGAACCAUUGCAGAUAUUCAUAGUAGUACCAAAAGGAAGAGGAAAGGAGGAAGGAGUGUUACUAAAAUGGAAGAUAUCAUAUUGGAACCUGGCAGCGUGCCUAAAAUCAAAAUAGAACUAAAUGACAAGUUCCAGCCUAUUGGAGAAAAUUACAGGAAGCUUUCUAGUGUUAUUGGAGUUCAAACACGUAAAAUGUUGCCAGUGGGAUGCUCUGAUUGGAGGCUUGUGGAUCCUGAUAAGAAGAUGGAACUUUGGGCUGACAUACAGAAACGAUUUGAUAUUGAUGAUAAAGCCAUGGAGUGGGUUAUAUCUAGUGCUGGAGCAAAAUGGAAGCAGUUUAAGGCAAAACUAAAGGAAAAUUUUUUUGAUGAAACAAAAACUGAUGAAGAACUGAAGAACUUACAUGGCUCUGGCGGCAAGAGGAAAAGAAAAUCGUGCAAAGCUGAAGUUUCUUCACACAUCAGGAAGUGUGAGCUAUGCUUCUACUGCACAUAA